CUUUUCAGUUGUUAAUUUGCUUGUUACCAUAGGAAGUAAAUUUUACCAACAAAUCUAGAACUGUCUGCUAAGACCGUCUUGUUAAGAAGGUCCCUUUAAACUCUUUAAACGGACCUCACCAGUGUUUUCUGCUGAUACAGAGUGUUCUGAUAACAGGAACAAGGAUGAAGAUUUUUGAAUUUAUUCUUCUGUCGUCUGCUGUUUUAUCCAACUUCUCAGUUUGGGCCAUCAUUGAGCUUCCUCCUGGAGUCAGUCGCAGUAAGUGCUUACUUUCUUCGGUUAAUGUCACUUUACAAAAUUUGCAUUUUUAUAGGUGCAAAAGAAUGAAGUAUUGCAGAUUCUUCUCAUUUUUUAUUGAACUAACAGAACAUUGUAGUGAUUAGCUUUUUAGUAAAGUCUAAAGCAUUUAGACUUAAGCAAGGGAAGGAAUACCACAAAGCUCGUCUCUACAAAUUUCUGUUAGUCCAAUAAAAAGAUAUUACAAGAAACUACAAUACUUUAUUAUUUUGCAUCUACAAUCACUGGACUAAUAUGGUAACUCAAAUGUAAUGACUAUUUUUAUUGAUUAGUUUAUUAAGACACAAUUACUAGUCAGUGGUGGCUGCCUUUCUACUUUUUAUUUAUAGAGGGAUAAAGCAGUAAUAACCAAGAAGUAUGACUUAGACACUGACAGGGAAAGUUAAUAAACAGAAUUGUUGAGAAUUCAUUACGGAAUGCAAGACAGUUGGAACGAUGUACCCUGUUUACUUAAUAACCGCUCUAGAAGAUCAGAUCUCGUAGACUAGAAUGAGAGGUUCCUGAUUGGUGGAGCUUUUCCUGGUGAGAGACGUGGUCUAUCUGUAGCUGCAAUCAGACAAUUUUAGGUGUGCAGUUACAAAUAUAUAUAUAUUUUUGCUGUGCAUAGAAGGAAUACAAGUUUGCAAUGUCAUAAUAACGGUAGUGAGUAGGGCAAGAUAUUCAGUAAAGCAUUUACAUGACAUAUCGAGAAUACUGCACAUAUUUACAAUAUAAUUUUAUCAGGUUAGGCAGUCAUAUCUAAAUAAUGGACAGAAUCUAAGCUUUGUAGCAGACAAGGCAAGAUAGACGUGGAGAUACUGAGUAUUAAUGCAAUAAAACAUGCUUAAUAAUGCUUCAAGCAAAAUGAAACUGAAAUAUAAAAAGAACAUGCCGAAGUAAGGCAAAAUGCCAUCCACUAAAAUCAGUAGGGACCUCAAAGCUUGGGCUGUAGGCCAUCACACAAUGUGAAAUUUAUAAUCCGGCCUAAUCAAAAAGCUCAGGAUGCACGUAGUAAAUUUGCUGAAGAUAGCUGCAGAGCGAUCCCAAGGGAAGUCACAUUUCCAGGCCCGUUCGAAGGCCGACAUUUCCAAGCCACGGACUCAGGGGCUCUCAGAGUCUACGUCCCUCCUAAUUGAGAAACAGCAGAAGACCCAGAUAGUCUGUUGCCAUUUUUGGCUGACGGUCCUUAUUAUUUGUGGCCGAUGUGGUAGGGCCAAACGUUUGCAUUAGCCCAUUUUUCCCAUGCUAAUACCAAGGACAAUCUAUUACACUGUUAGUUAUAACCACUUAUUUAUAACAGAAAUAUCGAAAGCCAAGUAGAACUCUGCUAGUAAUGUUACAUGAUUGUGGUGAUCACAAAGUUUACUAGUGAAGCUGGCCACAAAUAGCUUGAAUGAGUCCUACACACCAGAGGAACGCUGUGACAGCCAACACUGUUGUCCUACGGCAUGACUGACAGAUGACGCCUGGCUGUAAUUUUGCAUACCGGGUUCAGCUGUCAAUUGUUGCUAGCAGUGAGGCAGUUCAGCAAUAGUAGCUGAUUGUUACCCAGGCUUGCUGAUCACCAUUGAAGCCAAUCAUAGUCACUUGCCUUAUAUGUGAUUGCUGUGAUUGACUCUCAAAAUGAUGAGCCAAUUUACAAAAUAUUUAGUUAAAGGGACACUCCGCAGCCCAAACACAAAACAAUCAUUUAUUAAGCAUUUAAUUAUGCAUUUUUUUCAUUGGAGUUGUCUAAAAACAGCUUGCAAAAUCUGCUGUUCUCAUAUAUGCAGCCUUUGCAAGCCCUCCCCUUCUAACCUCGUCCAGACUUUCUGUUACGGUCCAAUCACAGACUACCCAAUGCAGCUCAAUGAGAAGUCUUUGCAAGGCAGGUGCUUUAGGCAAUUGCUGCUUCUUAAGGUUAGCUCCACUGAGAUAAACAACCUAGGAAGUAACAGGACUCGUCUGAUUGACAGGCAGGGGUUGUAACAAGGGUAGUUUAUAAAAGUAUGAAUUUCUAUUGAAUUUUUAUAUGCUUUUUGUAAAAUGAACACAUUCUUCACACAUAAAGCACUUCCGCAAGCUAAAGUGCUUUAGAGGUCUGGAGUGUACACUUUAAGCCUAGUAUAAGAGUUAGUUAAAGGACCACUAUACUGCCAGGAAAACAUACUCGUUUUCCUGGCAUUAUAGUGCCCUGAGGGUGCCCCCACCCUCAGGGUCCCACUCCCGCCGGGCUGGAUGGAGAGGAAGGGGGCAGCCACUAGAGGCUGGAUUAACCCUAAAGUAAACAUAGCAUUUUCUCUGAAACUGCUAUGUUUACAGUAGAAAGGGUUAAUCCUAGGUGGACCUGGCACCCAGACCACUUCAUUAAAGGACCACUAUAGGCACCCAGACCACUUCAGCUUAAUGAAGUGGUCUGGGUGCCAGGUCCAGCUAGGGUUAACCCUUUUUUUUUAUAAACAUAGCAGUUUCAGAGAAACUGCUAUGUUUACACUGAGGGUUAAUCCAGCUUCUAGAGCCUCUACUGGCUGUCUCAUUGACAGCCGCUAGAGGCGCUUGCGUGCUUCUCACUGUGAAAAUCACAGUGAGAAGACGCCAGCGUCCAUAGGAAAGCAUUGUAAAUGCUUUCCUAUGAACUGGCUGAAUGCGCGCGAGGCUCCGGCUGCGCAUGAGCAUUCAGCCGAUGACGGCGCUGGAGAAAGGUAAGAUUUUAACCCCUUCCUCUCUCCAGAGCCCGGCGGGAGGGGGGACCCUGAGGGUGGGGGCACCCUCAGGGCACUAUAGUGCCAGGAAACCGAGUAUGUUUUCCUAGCACUAUAGUGGUCCUUUAAGCUGAAGUGGUCUGGAUGCCUAUAGUGGUCCUUUAAGGCUAGGGUUAGCUAGGCACAGGGUUAGCUAUGGUUAAAAAUAACUUAAUAGUGUGAUGCUGGUCAGUAUCGUGUCACUUUACCAAGUAGUAUGUCAAACUGGGGAAUGUCUCUCAUUUGAUCCUCAAUGUUCCCCCCAAAAAACAGGAGAAGGUAAACACAUGCUGUAUUCAGGAGAUGCUGCAGAAUAUAAAUCCAGUGUCUUUGCAAAAGUGUAAAAAUUCCUUGGUCACAAAUGCACAAAUUUUCACACAAGUAACAUCAUACCUAUUUAUUGUUCAACCCACUAAAUUAUUAUUGUACAAAGUGCAACUCAAGCGGUAGAUCUUUAUGGAAUGUUACCAGCUGACUUAGUUGCAUUUAGUGAAUGGAACGUUAUAUUAAAGUCUUUAUGAUAUAAUUUAGGCAUACGCCCACUUGCAAAAUGAGUUUCUUGUAAGCGUAUAAUUUUGGAAUUGUGUUUUAUAGUGUCAAAUAAAAGCCACCUUUUAUGAUGAGUAUUUAGGUCUUUUGUAUUCAGAGAUAAUACUUUUCUUUUCAUCCUGCUUACAUAGAUUUCCAAGCCUACCUGGCGCUCGGUUGCAUCCCGUUUUUUCAAAUUUUAUAUACCACGAGAACAUAUUCUGCACAUUCUUUUUAAUAUUUUUCUAAGGCAACAAAUGCACAAAACAACAACAACAAAAAAGAGAUUAGAAAUAAAACGUCACAAAUCCCUUUUUAUAUUACAUGGUUAUGUACUUAAGUAAGAAUUUAGGAUGAAUUCAAAGUGAUUUUCAAAUUUAAGGUCAAAAUAGUCAAAAUGGGGGGGGAAGCUCUAAGACAGCUAUGCUUCCAGUUGAGCUAAUCAGGUCUUAAAGGAACACUAUAGUCAUCAUAACCACUUCAUCUCACUGAAGUGGUAUGGAUGCAGUGUCCCAGUCCCCUUAGCCCUGCAAUUCAAAACAUUGCAUUUUUUUUUUUUGAAGAGUUAUUCACUAAACUGAAAAUUCCAAGUGAAUUUCACAUUUAAGGCCAGAGUAGCCGAACUGAAAGCAUAGCUGACUUAGAGAAUUUUUCCAUUUCAGCUAUUUUGACCUUCAGUUUGAAAUUUACUUUGAAUUCUCAUUUUAAUAAAAACCCUGUAAACCUGACCAAAUGAAAUAAGUGCAAGGUUAAUGGUGUCUAUUAAACUAACAAACUCAAAUUUUCAUAGCGGUUCAUAUUUAUAACUGUAACAUUACUAUACAGUUUCUGAGUCCGUGGUUCACUGAUGCAGGCCUUCGAACAAGCUCACUGGACCCACUGGCUUCUCACUUGCAGCUACCGAACCUUGGAAUUGGCUGACUUGCAUGAUAUAUAAUAUAGUGCCUUACUGUCUUUUCCUUACAGUCUGCUGAAUAUAGUGACUAUGUCCCCUCUUGGUUACCCUUUAUGUUGCUUAUUGUAUCCUGAGAGCGUCUUGAGGUGUUGUGACUGCAGCCUAGACCACGGUGGCGUUUACUUGAGCUAUACAAUAGCAUUGUUACUAUUUCUCUUCUAUUUUCUUCAUGUGGAGUUCAACCUGUAUUCCUACUAGACAUGCAUACCUAGCUUGAUAUCUGAUAUUAUUAUAAAAAGAUUGUACUUGUUGUGCAAAGUAUGAAUGGCUUUGUUUUGACAUUCUAAAUUUCUAUAACCACCUUAUCUAUUCCUCAGUUAAAAAAAAAAAAGACACUGGGACGGCAAAACAAAUAAAUAAACUACCAUACAGUAUCUCAUCCUCAUGUGUAGCCAUGUCCUCUGCUAUUUUAACUCUAGAUCUAAUUUUUUCCAACUUGUGAAGCCCACUCAGAAUUCCCCAGUUAUUGCUAUGUUUAUGUAAAGCCUAAGCAGUUGAAAAGGGACAGGGACCUCCUUCCUGCACCAUAUCUGAUGUGUGACUGCAAAGACUGGGAUCGAGAUUGGAUUGUCCUUUAACUCUUUAACAGUAAUGGUCAAUCUUACAAUUUUUAAACCUAAACCACUAGGACAGUGUACAAAAAUUACCUAGCCCUUCCAUGUGUCUCAUCCCCCUCCCCAACCCCUCCAUGUGUCCCAAUUACCCCCAGCCCCUUCAUGUGUAUAAUUCCCCCAUGUGUCUCAAUCCCCCAGUCCCUUCCAUGUGUCAACCCCUGUCCCUUCCGUGUGUAAAAUCCCCCCCAGUCCCUUCCAUGUGUCUCCCCUAUCCCCUUCUGUACCUACUCCCCAUGCUCUCUGCUGUCCAUUUAGUGUGGCAGAGCAGACUGUGGUACCCAUUCUAACAGGAAGUGCUCUCAGUGAGGCCCCUCUACCCGCAGUCCGAUCAGCCACACUACAGGCAAUAACUGGUAAGAGGGGUGCGCUCCCCUUCUUCCGGUCGGCCAGCAACUGUGCCACUCGGCCUAAGCAGAUGUGCACCAGCCCUGAAGUGAAGCGGAACCACAGCUGCAGGGGUCGACAGGGCGACUGUGAUAGUUACUCCAUGCUCAUUUCUGUAAUGGAGGCGGAGAGCGGUGCCCAGUAGAAGUCAAAUCAAACUAAAGCAGUUUGACUCCUUACAAUGGGAGAGUGUCAGGACAAUCAUUUAGUGCACUGUAAUGUUUUUGGUUCUUGGAGUGUUCCUUACGCUUGCUGUUUUUGGCAUUUCAAGUUUAAAGAAAAGUGUGAGGGCGUGAUUUACAUUACGCGGGCAGCCCCAGUUACAAUACUGUGUCCUGCAGCCCAGCUUUGUUCCCCCAAUAUCCUGUGUCUCUGAGACCCCGCAGAAAGACAGUAUCCCAUCCUGAAUGUAUGAAGGUGUGCAUUUCAAAAUAAUGAUUUGUUUAAAAACUGUUGAAUAAAGGAUCCCCGUACAUAACAUCUCCCACGUGCACACUUUGUUAUUUGACGGAAUACAUUUUCCAAUAUUUUCUUGUACUUUGGAAGCAGUAGUUCCACUAUGAUUUUUGUUAUGUUGUGAUUACACAAGAGGUGCUACGGACUUGAAAACUGGCUAGUGCCUCCAGAAAAAAUAAGUCUUUAAUAUGCAUAAUAAAACAAUUUCCAUGACAUGUUUCCCGUGCUGAGUAAUGUUUAAAGGAAAAACAGGAAACAGGACACACAGUUACUUUAAAUAUUAUUUUCUGUUAAUGACUUACAAGACACAAGUCCCAUGUCUCAUGAAAGGGUGUUUGUAAAGUUGGACUUUAUCCAGAGGAAUGUAGUAUUAAGGGGUACCAGUUGUAAUACACAUUAAUAACACAUAUUAAAAAGCAUAAUAUUUUAUUUAUACAACAUUCUAGCAGAAAGGCACUUUAAACAUAUCGUACCUCCCCCACCUAUCAGUCAAUCCUUCACAUGGAUAUCUCUAUACAGGCAGCAUAUAGGGCUAUGCCAGGAUUGAAUGAUAAGGGAGAGCAGGAGAACCCCCAGAUGUGGAUCUCCUGCUCUUCACCACAGUGAUAUUUCCUCUGCAAGCAUUUCUUAUAUUGGAAGGAGUGUAGAUUAUUCUGACGCCCUCACAGUAAAGCCAGCAUGUAGAGAGAGGUAGGGGUCUUUAGAAAGAUUAGCCCAGGUUGGUGUGUCCACAAACAGGGUCAGUUGGUAUUCAGAGAGAGACAGAACCAGAUGGCAGGCGUUACAAUAGUGUAACACUCAGGAACCUCCAAGAAUGUAUCUUUGUGAUAAUGGAUAUAUUUACUGCUUUGGGACAAGUUAUAGAAAAAAGGAAUACUCCCAGUAAUGUGUCUUUAAACUACAAUAAAUAUAUUUAGAAAUCAGUCUGUGUAAAUAAGAUAAAUUGUUCUUGUUCUAAAUAAAAUGUUAGUUGCAUAAAUUGUUAUUAAUAGGUAACCUUAAAACACACUGCCCCUGCCAACACCCCUUAAAUAAAAAGUGUCCCUUAGUCCAUUUGAAAAUGAUGUUGAGAGGUGUGCACAGGCAGAAUAUCAGUAGGUGUUCAUUUGAAACAAAGCUUUAUUGAAUAUGGACAAAAUCUGACCGAAACAACCAACAUUUUUGAUAAUGUUUUAUAUUUUAAAUGCAUUUCUUUAUAUCUUUGCAGGAUUAUAUUGUGAAACUUGCUUAGCAACUGUACAAGGUAUGUAUGUCUUUUUUUUUUUCACGUACUUUUAUUGGUUACUUCCACACAGUGUUCAAAAUGUAUGUUUCACUUGUCUUUCAGGACUGAGGAAAGCACUAAGCACUCUGUCUAUAGAACCCAGUCGUACAAAGAUCAAAGCAAACAUUCAGAAGGCUUGCGAGAAACUCACGUUUGAAGAUCAGAGUGUAGCAGUUGAUAAGGCAUACAUUGCCUGUAAACAUUUACUAGGUAAGAGUGUAGCAAAGAUAGGUGUGUCACAUGAAAUACAAUGAAAAUAAAUCAUGUGAAAACCAGGCGGGUUUUGACAGUUGUAGAAUAUAGGUUCGUAAGGUAAAACGGUCAUCUUUUUGUAUUGUUCUUUAAAAUAAAAGAUGGCAGGUAUUAUAGCAUCAUUUAACUUUUUUGAUUCGUACUCAGAUUAUGUACAUAGUAUCAGUUUCGUGCCAAAUUCUUCCGGAGUAUAACAUAUAUACUAUACUUUACUCAAUAACACGAAUAUCAUACUCUCUUAUUGAACAAAAGUAGUAUCUGAAUUUAGUGCAUCUCCCAACUGUCCUGGGUUCCAGUGUAACUGUCCCAGUCUUUUCUUACCAAACCAGGCCUUUUCUGUCUUAAAUCAAAGCAAAGCAAAAUUUCCAUUCAUUAACAUCCCCAUCCACCUCCCCCCCCACCACAGUGUCCUUCCCAAACCACCAUCCUGGAUCCAUACCUUGUAUUGUUAGGUGGUAAUUUAUUUGGUCUUUUACAGUGAGAAAAAAAGUAUUUGAUCCCCUGCUGGUUUUGAAUGUUUGCCUAUAAUUUUAAUGGUAGCUGUAUUUUAACAGUGAGAGACAAAAUAAAGACAACAAAAAAAUCUCCAGACCUUAAAGGACCACUAUAGCACCCAGACCACAUUUUAUCUCAAUUAAGUGGUCUGGGUGCCAUGUCCCCCUAAUGUUAACCCUGCAGCUGUAAACAUAGCAGUUUCAAAGAAACUGCUAUGUUUACACUAGGGUUAAUCCAGCCCAUAGUGGCUGUCUCCCUGACAGCCGCUAGAGGCCUUCCGAAAUUCUCAGUGUGAAAAUCACAUUGAACUCAUGCAGCUUGAGUUCAGAUCCCCAUAGGAGAGCAUUGAGUAAUGCUUUCCUAUGGGCGGUUUGAAUGCGUGCGCGGCCAGUGCAUUCGGCUCCACUCGGGAGCUGUCAUUGGCAAGAGGAGGAAAGGUCACCAGCGCCGAGGUAGCCCUGUGCUGGAUUAAGUUAAGUGGCUGAAGGGAUGUAUGACAGCAACUACAGCACAUGUGCAGUAGCUGCUGUGAUGGAGAGCAAGAAAUGAAAUUAUAAAAUGUUUCCAUAAUUUAAUGGUGUGGCCUUCCCCUAUACUCUAGAAUUCUAAUUGUGUCUCUACAACAUUUGUAAAUGUGUUUGUUGUAGAUCACCAUGGAGAGAAGUUUGAAGACGCUUUUCUCAUUGAGAAAGACAUCAGUCUUGAGACGAACUUAUGCUACAUUUAUUCAACUGCAUGCACGGACGUUAAGAGAAAGCAUUUUCAGGUUUGUAUUAGCCAUUGUUUACUUUGGUCGCAUGGGCUAUAUAGAUAUUUUUUUAAUUCAUCUUUAUUGAAAUGUUAUACAUUAGAAAACAUUCAUAUUAAAUAGAAAUACUUAUAUACUAAGGAAACUAAUUUAAUCACAAUAACAUGUGAAGAAAAUUGUAAAGGAGAAGUUCUGUACUCAUACAGAGCAGUUUCAGGUAAUGGCACCUUAAUAAGACAGAUUGUCUAAUAUAAAAAAAAAAAAAAAAAUUUUUCAAAGCUCUUGAGUUCCUAAUUAUUUUUUUAAAAAAAAGCACACGUUACAUAAAUUAGACAUGUACAAAAAAGAAACAAAACCAACAUAAAAAAAAAAAACUUCUGGGAAGAGGAAGGAAGAAAGGUCAAACAAGCUAUUAUUAGGCAGUCACUUUUGGUCUAGUGUGCUUAGCCAGGGGAAAGACUCCACCUUGUUCUGUAAUAGUGCAUAAAGGAGGUUUCCCUUUGACAUACCUAGAUUGGUUAAACAUGUUGAAUCCUUAUAUGCAGUGGUGUAUCCUGGUUUUGUGCUGCCCUAGGCACAUUAGCAGACAAACACACACAGUUAGACACACACUAACAGACAAACACACACACACUCACUCACAUUAACACAUUUUUAAAUAUUUUUAUUUAACCCCCCAGCCUCCUUACCUUUGGGAACGCUGGAGGAGGGAGGGGUUCUCCCUCUCCCUGGGGUCUAGUGGAGCUGCUGGGUGGUCGGCGCUGGCGAGGGAGCACUUUCCCCUGAGCUCUCUGCUCAGCUCCCUAGCGCCGCAAAGUGAUUCUGGGAGCCGGGAUAUGACGUCAUAUUCCGGCUCCCGGCAUCACUCUGCGGCGUGCGAGGGAGCUCAGCAGAGUGCUCAGGGGAAAGUGCCCCCUCGCUAGCGCUUUUUUUUGCCGCCCCAUGGAAAAUGCCGCCCAAGGCAAAUGCCUUGUUUACCUCGCGGCUAAAACGUCCCUGCUUAUAUGAUUUUACAUAACAGAAGCAUCUUAUGUUUGACAUUUUCUUUCAAUCAUAUCAUAAAUUGAUGUUUUACCAGUCCUUACAAGCCUAUUCACAUUUAGAUGUGUUUGUUAAAGGGGCACUAUAAGCAUUUUAGUUUAUUGUAGUGGUAAUGGUGAAAAUUGUCUUUGGGCAUUGCCCUCCAUUCUGUGUUGAAGCUUUUUCCGAGGGGCUCUCUUGGAACCUAAAGCUUGGCCCUUUCGCUGUGGCUCAGCUAAUGUGAAAAUAGACAACCACAUUAGCCUAUCCAGCUCUGGACAGCAAUGAGAGGCAACAACGGUAAGUUUUCUUCUGCAUUAGCUGAGGUGCAGCAGAGAGGCUAAGCUUUGGGCUUCGACAAAGACAGAGUUUGUGAAACUGAUCGAACACGGUUUGAUAGAAACCACGAGGACAACGCCCAAAGAGUGUUUGCCCUGUAACAAAUACAAUAAACUGAAGUGGUAAUGGUGCUUAGAGUGGCCCUUUAAUAUUGAUGCAUCCCAUCAAAUAAUAUAACUAAAGAGCUGAAACCUCAAAGCUGUCAAAUUGACCACCAUGACUUCAAAUUUCACAUAAAGCUUCAUUUGUUUUCUUCUUCACAUAAAGUAGAACAUAUAUAAUUUGUUCAGUGUCACCCAACAUGUUGCCAUUAAAAAAGGAAUUAAAUAGCAUUUUGUGCUUAUAACCUUUUUUUUUUGUUAGGGUCAAGAGUUUCAACAUAGUAUGAUUGAGGAGUUACUCCAGAAACAUCCAGGGAAGAUCCGUUUUUCCAAGCCCGUUAUUCCUGUAAGCAAUCAACACAAGAAGGAAGAGUUGUGAAAACAUGGAAUUUGACAAAGUAACCAACAGGUUUAUAUAACCUGGACCUAACAAGCAAAACACAAAUGCCAGGCCAUAAUAAUAGAGUAGGGAAAAUUCUACAUGUCUAGUUUGCCCAAUUUGACCAAAAUAAUAUUAUUAGCUCUCAUUCCCUGCUUUUGUUAGCAAACCUUUCAACAUUAGGAACAAUUGAGAUUAUACAGUCUUUAGUUAAUAAAGUUAUUCCUGUGUUUGUAGCAUUUUUCUGCCACAUGUAUUGUAUUCUGUAUUCAUUUUUUUUUUAACCAUCUCUACUGAAAGAUACAUUUCAUAAAUGGUUUAAUAAAUGGGCGAAAUGGCACGGUUCUUAGAAUUACUAACUGUAUUUGACUCUCAUACAAAAUGUAGAUCUUUAAAAAUAAAUACAAAUUCCAGCAUCUUCUCUCAAAUGUAUAAAUUCUUAUGCCACGGUAAAUGUAUUGUAAAUGAAGGUGAAAAAUAUAUUACCAAUUUGCUGUAGCCCUCUCAAGCCGCAAAAAUCCCCAAACAGCAAAAUAAGAUAGCUACAAAGUUUGAUAACCACUCAAGUGCCCGGUCAUCCAUGUGUCAAUGUGUUUAAGACCAGUUUGACAACUUACCUGGGUCCUACUGCUCACCUGAGCUAAGCUGUAAGUCAUUCUGUCAACAAUUUUUUUAGAAUUUUGAAGGAGACCUUUUUGUAUUUCUAUAUGGCUAAUUUCCAGAAAGCAUUACGUUACGGUUAGUUAAAGGUGUUGUAUUGCAUAAUUAAGAUUUAGGUGAUGUUUAAACUCAUUAAUGCAUUGUUUUCAUUGUGUAAGCCUUUUUCUCAUAUAAUUUUUGAAU